UGCAGAAAUCCAUUUUAAAGCUAGGUACCUAAAUUCCAACUUGAGAAUAAUACGUUUUCAACAAAAAUACAGAACACUGUUCGAAUAUUUUACCAGCUACCGCUAGUAUAAUUAGUUGUCGGUAAUACUAAAUUCACAAAUAAUGUCGAAUAAAGUAAUCGUAAAUGUAAACGGAGAUAGAAUCAAAGGAGUCAAAAAGGUAUCGAAUUUUUCUGGCACUGAAUACUACUCGUUUCUUGGAGUACCUUAUGCGCAACCUCCAAUAGGACAAGCACGAUUCAAGGAUCCUGUGAAAAUAAAACCUGGGAAAAAUAACGUCAUAGAUGCAACAGUUGAAAAAGGCGGAUGUCGACAAUUCUGCAUUUACCAAAGAGACCUGGCAGGAUCAGAAGAUUGCUUGUAUAAUAAUAUACACACAAGACAGCUGCCUACAAAAGACGAACCACUAAAACCAGUUAUUGCAGUAGUCCAUCCUGGAGGACUAUUGUUUGGAUCACCAGAUCCAGAUAUUUUCGGAUCACCCGACUUUGUCAUGCAUCACGAUGUUGUUUUUGUUGGAAUUGGAUUUCGAUUACAUUUUUUAGGAUUUUUAAAUCUCGGUUUAAAAGAAUGUUCUGGUAAUCAAGGGCUGAAAGAUAUCUUAGCGAGUCUACAAUGGAUAAAAGAAAAUAUAUCAGCUUUUGGAGGCGAUCCCAAUAACGUCACUUUAUUGGGAAGUAGUAGUGGAUCAUCUCUAGUUCACUGUUUGAUGCUAUCACCAAAAAGUGAAGGUUUAUUCCAUAAGGCAGUAUUAAUGGGAAUGUAUAUUUUAAAUCCUACUCUCAUAUUUCCAAAAGAAAACGCUUCGAUAGCUUUUGACAUUGCAAAAGCUCUGGAUUAUGAAGGAGAUGACGUAAACGAUAGAAAAAAAUUACUGAGAUUUUACAAAACCAUCGAUAUCGAUGAGAUUUUUCCACUACGAAUAGAAUCAGUUUUCGAUGAAAUUGGAGCAGCACUGUAUCCUGCUUCUCCAUUCACCCACACUUUUGAUCAAGGAGAAAAUUCUAUUCUACCUUUGCCAGCUGGAGAGUUAGCACCAUCUACACUUCGAGUGCCAAUUAUGGUUGGAUUUUGUGAUAAAGAAGCUGCUAUGGGAUUUUUUCCAAAAUGUAGAAAAUCGUUGGUAAAAAAUUUCUACGCCACGGUUCGUCAAAACCCCUGCGGUUGGGGACGUAAUAUGAAAGACGAAGAACUGAAACAAAUGCAGAAACAAAUCGAAGAAUACUAUUUGAACGGCAAAUCUGUAGAUAAUGCAUCGUUAUCCUUGAAAUGUGAUAUUUUGACUGAUCUUGGUUUAUCUGAUCUGUACGAUUCGUUGAUCAAUGUAAUUGCCGCAGAUCUUCCCUCAUCUGUCUACGUUUAUAAAUUUGAUUUUGAAAGUAAUCUUGGUGGCAUGAAGGAAAGAAUUUUACAAAUGAUAGAUGAACCUUUGGAUGGCACUGUUCAUGGCUGCGAUUUUAGUUACCUUGUUCCUACAAGAGAAUACGUGAGCAGAAGAAAAAGCACACUGAACCCAAGAACCCAUAAAUUUAUUGAAAUGUUCACCAAACAAAUAUGCACUUUUGCCAGCACAGGCACUCCCAAUUAUAAAGGUGCGGAAGUGCAAUGGGAACCAUCGACGAUUGAAAAACCGUGUUACAUGUGUUUUGAUGAUACGAUAAAAUUAGUUGACGGUAAAUUAAACGGAGAACGAAUGGAAUUUUCAGAAAAAUUGAAAAAACAGUUCGGUGGUAAAUAAUUUUUAAAGUGUGGUUUUGGUUUCUAAAAAAAAUAUUGAUGUACUGUGAUUAGCAUUUACCUGUUUCUGAAACUGAUCUAAAUUCGUAAUUAAAAUAUUUCAUAUCAGAUCA